CAGGAACAUGGUAACAUUUGGAGAUGUUGCCAUUGUGAUGGUGGCCGGUGGCUACCUGAUCGGUCGAAAGGAGCUUCCCCGCCUGGCUAAGAUCGGCGGUCGCUACGUUGGUCGGUCGGUUGGCGCGGUCCUGCGAGCAAAGAACGAAUACUUUGAAGCGACUAAGGACAGUGACAUCGUCAAGAUGCAAGCCGAGCUGCAGAAGGGCUUGGAUGAACUGAAUCAAAUUCGAUCGGAAAUGACGAAUAUCACGAGCAUGAAGCGGCCAUACCGGCCGGUGUCUACUGCCGCCAAUCGACCAUCCCAAACAUCCACUAGCGCUCCAUUGAUGGCCGCCUCCGACGCCGCCGCGGCGCUUUCCAGCACAUACAUCCCUUCCACAGCACUGACGUCGUCUGCAACUCCUUCGUCGAUUCAAGCCGCCACGAUUUCCCACGACUACCUUGCUCACCAGUCGUUUGAACAGCUGAUUCAAUCGGCCGAGGACCAAGAGCAAGCACGGCUUGCUAUGGCUGAGAUCAACAUGGCGCAAGAUCAAAAGUUUGCCUCUCGCAUUGAAAGCGUGGAAGGUGGCGCCGACUAUGUCGCGUCCAGCUUGAUGGACAGCAUUCUACUACAACGACGAGUCUAGCUGUGACAAGUGCAACAAAAUAUCUUGUUGAUGCUGGAGACAGUUCGAUGUGAAGCUGCUUCUCUUUGAUGUCUUCACCUCUCACAAACGACAAUCUACCGCGACGUCGUGUACACGUACGACGGCGUGUGCCUGUAAAAGUCAGCUUUGUCUUCCAAAA